AUGCGUUUACUACUCCUUUGUUUGGUCAUCGGCCUUGCCGGUGCCAAAAUCGAGGAAAAGGCAUAUCGACCAGAAAGAGAAUAUGUAUACCUAUAUUAUACCCAGGUUGUUUCCGGUCUUCCCGGAUUGUCCGCUGUAUACUCUAGUAUACAGGUGAAGGCAAUAGUUCGGGCUCAGUUCGUUACGGCUUCACGGGUUAAAGCAGCGUUGGAAAAUGUGGCACUGUUCAGAUACAACGAGGAGAUAGAAUCCGCAGUUCCCACAAACCAGAUACUGCCUGAAAGGAUCAUGAUUCCUAUCACCGGCCCAAUCGCCGCAAACCUCACUACUGAGUUGAUGAAGCCGUUUGAAUUUGACUACGUAGCUGGUCAUGUUGCUAACCUAAGAACAGAAGCAGAAGAUCUCCAUUUCUCAGUUAAUCUAAAGAGAGGUUUGGUUUCGCUGUUUGAGGUGAAUCUAGAACAACGGUUUUCAUUAGAAAGGAACACGACUAAAGCUGAUUUCUCAACCAGGGCCGCUACUUAUAAAUGCAUGGAUCCUUCUCCAAUGGGAUUAAUCGAGACAGCCUAUACUGUGGUACCAUUCAGCUCUAUUCCCACUGCUUACCAAGUUGUCAAAGCCAGAAACUAUACCAAUGUAAUGAGGAACUAUUUCUACAGAAAGUCCAAUGUUGCUACUGAAAUGUGUUCACCACACGGACGAGAAGAACAUCCUACCAGUCAAAUAUACACUGGUGUCAGCCAUGUGAGAUAUUCUAUCUAUGGUGAUAAAACCAAGUUCUUGAUCUCCAGUGCAAUAGCUGAAAGUACAUACACCAUACCAAUCCAUGAUAGAACUAACGGAAGAAUCGAAACGUCUGUAAAUCAAACCCUGACCCUCAUCGAUGCUACAGACAUCAAAUCAUCAACACCAAUUCCUGCAGUUGCAUCUCCAGUAAAGCGAAAACUAACCACAUUCGUUCCAGAGAUGGCUUUCGACCCACUUAAUCCGUUCAGUAAUGAAACUGAAAAUAUCGCUAGCCGAGCUGGGCACCUGUCUUUUACUAAGGAGAAGGUCAUGGAAAUUUUGAAAUUGGCUGCUACCUAUAUGGAUGAUAAUGUGGGUAUGGAAGCUACACGAUAUGUUGGAGUCGCUGUAGAUAUUCUCAGGAACACCGAACCAUAUGUUAUUGAGGAGAUUAUGAAACAAUACAUAACACCGACUAAACCAGCUGAAACUAUUGCUAAAAAUAUCAGAACAAUCCUGAUUCAGAUCUUACCCGUGGUUGGAACUUCUCCAGUAGCCAGACUUAUCGUUAGAGAUCUGGAAACUUUCCCACCAAGGAGACAACCAUAUGUACUUGGAUCUCUUGCUCUGGCUGUGGAACCCAACGUUGAUGUGAUGAAGAUGCUGAUGGAAAUGGUGUCGACUAACAAAGUAAAAGCCAAGACGAGAAGAGCUGCAGUAUUAGCCAUUGGUACUUUGACAUGGAAGCUCCAGAAAAUGGCCAUCCGAUACAGAGAAAUGUUAGCAAGAGAGAUGAACUUUACCAGGGUAAUGCUUGAGACGGAAGAUUCUAAAGUUGCUCAGGCUGAGCUCAACACCCUGAAACAGUCACUAGAAGAAAGAUUAUCACAGACCGGUACCCUUACUAAUGCUCUGAUACAGGAAGUUGUUUCGACUUUAAGAACACUCCUCGCCAAGGCUGAAACAGAAGAAAAGAUCUUAGCUCUGAAAGCAAUUGGUAAUGGUGGUUUGAUUCCAAUGAUCACCGAUGUAGAGUUCAUCCUGGCAUCUCCUACCAUGUCGCCAAUUGUUAGAGCACAGGCAGCUUUCGCUCUGAGAAGAAUUGCUCCCCGGUUACCAGAAAGGACUGUCCAUGUAUUGAUGCCUGUGAUAACUAGCUAUGCUGAACCAACAAUGGUUCGUUUGGCCGCUUUCGAUGCUCUAGUGUUAAGCAAACCCUCAUUACCCAUCUGGCAGACCAUUGCUCAACAUUUAAGAUUCGAACCGGACAUGCAGUACUCGUCUUACGUUGGAUCAGUUCUGCGUACUUUAGCGAACACGACCAACCCAUGCAUGUUGAGAAUGUCUGCUGACGUAAAUGCUGCAAUUACUGCGACCGUUACACCCAUACCUGGCAUGCAAUAUUCCAAAUUUUUUAUUUAUGACAAACAAUACGUGAAAGGUGGAAAGUCUUUAUAUGGAGCAAGUGUGGCUCUGAGUUAUUUCGGUACCAACACUUCGAUCGUACCACAAGCCGCCGCUGUUCGAGUUAGUGGUAACUUUUUCCACAGACAUGCACAGUUAUUCGAGGUUGGUUACAACACAGAAGGUCUUCAGACUAUCUUGGAUAAAUGGUUCGGACCAAAAGGUCUCUUAUCAUCCAGGAAGUCCUUAUUCGAUGUAUUAUCACGAGCUGCUAGAAGUGUUACUAGUGAUGCUAAGAUAGAAGAGAUCUUCAGAAAGCUUGGUAUUAAAGAAAGAAAAGAACCAGCCCCAUCAGGACAUGUGUACUAUAAAUUUAAUGGCGAUGAAGUGAUGUACUAUCCAUUAUCCUCUACUCUUAGAGAAAUCAUCUCUACUGGAAAAAUAUCGAGCAGAAUUUCUCCAUCAGAAUUACAAGCUGGUAAACCAGUGGAUGUAAGAAGAUCAUGGGUUUUGACUGACAUUAGGAAGAUUAUCCCAACUGAAUGUGGUCUGCCCAUUCACCUUGGUUUUACUGCUACACAUAUCAUGGUUGCUACUGGUACUGUUGCCGUCAGUGUUAAACCGGCUAUGAUGGAAUCUGCACGUAAAGGAAGCCCACCAAUCACUGCUGAAGCUAAGGUUGACGUUAACAUAACCAAUGCUAUGGAGAUGUUGAUCAAAAUGCAUAUUGGUGGUUUUGUGUUAGAAUCCGGAGUUGCUGUCAGAUCCGCCACUAGAUCAAACCUUCCAGUACAAGCAUCCGUUACAGUUGAUCUGGAAAAGAAUAAGAUCCUCUCUGAAAUUACCCCACCAGUCUCUACUGAACCUCUGUACACUCUUGAAAUGACACCACUGACAUACAUUGACAUUAUUCCUGUAUCACCAGAACACGGAAAGUUUGUCAGAUCUGUCAAAUACAUCGAAAGAACCGCCAACUCUAAACUAAUACCCGUUUUUUAUAACGUCACCCGAGGAUCUUCUGGACUCAAGCUUACCUUAGCUGGUAAAACAGCAACCAGAGGCAUCAACAAGCCGUGGUACGCCUGUCCUCUAUUCGGUUUAACUAAUCUGUAUCUCACCGCAAGUCCUGCUGAAACUACACCCAAACCAGUAACCGUAGAAAUUGCCUUCACAUCUGCAUCAAGAAACGAAAGUUCCGUUGCCAAAUCCAGCAGCUGUAGCAGCAUUUUCUCCAAACUGACCAUGUGUCUUUGGGAUGACAGUGAACCAUCUGAAAGUGGGGAAGAUUCGGGCUCCGUAGAAAUUGAAUCUUCUUCAGUAAAACUAGCUGACUUCGCCAAUCUGAAGAGAGUUGAAAUAUCCAUCGCCUCCCUGAGAUCGAAACUCAAGGCAAAAAUCAGAGACGUCCAUGCCUUAUCUGCAAUGGGUAGAAAGUGGGGCUUAGUGGCUGUUGUUAAAGCAGGAGAAACACCGGUGGUUCAUACUGAACUGAUGUGGGUUCGAGGAGAACGAGGAUUUACUCAUCAAUUCGCCGGUCGAUUCGUCCGAGCUUCUGUCCCUGAACUGAAUGUUGAACCUAAGGAGGUCCUCAUCCACAGUGAAGUAAAAUAUCCAAAAACAUUCGUUCUACCAGAAACUUUGUUCGAACCUGCAUAUCUAACUCAACUACACAACAGCAUGAAAUUUAUCUUACAACACAAGAGUCAUCAUGCAUUAUUACGGUCAAUGGAAACAACUGCUCUGACAACUGCUACACGCCGUGCUUUCCCAGUCGAAGAAGAUCCCUUGGAAACAAUCGAGCGAGCAGUAGUAAAUAUUGCUGCUGUCUCCAAGAGUCCGACACUGAGAACAUGGGAACCCAUAUUGAGACAAUUGAUUACUGGUGCUAAUUUUGUAAAAGAUACCCUUGUCACCUCUCUAGAUCCAUUCAACUACUUUAUUGGAGAGGCCAAAACGAUCGAUUUGUACAACAAACAAGCUACAUUAUUAGAAGCAGUUAACAACCAAACUGCAAGAAUCACCAGAAAUAAAAAUGUCAAUGCAGUUGAAAAUACAGUGGCUCAAUUCGCCAUCUUAAAACAAAAGGAAAUUGUAACUGCUCUCUCUGCCAUGGCCAAGGACGUCAGUAAUAUUGUUGCUUUCACCAAAGGCGAGGAAUUAUGGACCAAAACGCUAACGAUGAUCAAAACCUUCCAGGCUACAAUUUCUCCAUACUUUGCCAUGAUUGAGGAACACAAUGCACAAUUUCCAUCAGAGGUGACAAACUCUCCUGCUAUUGGUCCAUUAGUCAAAUUGACUAAACUGCAAGCUGGAAUACUGAAGACUUUAGCAUCAUCUUACAAUACAUCGGUACCCAACACAGAGCCAAUCAUCAACACCGCCAGUGAAUCAUUAAAAUCCAUAAUAAAAGUCCGACCACAAGACCUGAAAGCCAAUGUAACUAUAUCUGCAAACCUGAUGACCCAAGCCGCUAUUAAACAUCAAAUCAUUAAAAUGUUCACCAUGAACGCUUAUGUUUACAAGUUCCACCCAAUUCCCUCUUCUCCAACUGAAAUCCUUAGACUUGGCAAGUUUGCAAAAAUAGCAAAUGUACAAACUCGAUUACUAGGUAUCAAAGCCUUGAGCGUAUUUUACACCGAAUUGUCUUCCAAUAGAAUUGUACCAGCUCUUAUGAGUGAAGAUAAACAGGCGUGGACUGCAGUUCAGGAGAUUUACAACUACAUGAUUGAAGCAAUUGCUGAAGUGCUCACAAUAGAAGCCGAACCGGGAGUAGAAAAAGCAACAGCUAAAUUAACCAGGGCUUUGGAAUUGGCCAGAAAAAUUGUCAACGAGUUGGAAACAGUAACAACAAGUUUAACUACCUCACCCACGCCACCGUCAAUUCCAGUUGUUGUCAGCCUCUUGACAGCAGCAACAGAGUGUAAACAGAUGAUCAGCAAAGUCAAGGUUGGCCUAAUGAGUAUUCCAGCUGAAAUAGCUGCCGUCCAGGAGGUGAACGCCAUUAAUAUGAAAAUGAACACACUCAUUCCAUAUCUUUCAACCGCCAUUAAGAAGUAUGCCGCAUCAGCUCCUUCUCAUGCCGAAGAAAGUCAUGUCUUCCUUUCCAGAACUGCAAUGAGAUCGGUAGAUAUGAAGAUCCACGAACUGAUGGAAGAAGUGUCAAAGGUCAGCAGUAUCGUCUCUAGAAUGUCAUCAAUGGCACCACCAAAGAUGAGGCCAAUGUGUGAGGAAGCAAAUGCCACUGCAAGCAAUGUCAUCAGAGAAAUGAGAGCCAUCAUGAACUCUGGUGCUUUAUUUGAAAAACCAUCUCAUUCUCCUGAAAUGUUCAGUGAAAUGGCUGAAAAGAUGAAGGUUGAAUUAUCACAUGCUGCAGAAAAAUGUAAACGCAUGUCACCAAAAUCUCCAAGAAUUGAAUCAGAAUUGGCAAUGUCUAUGAAAGAAGUUGAGAAAAUGAUUGAAGAAGUCCACAGACGUGCUGCCGAACACCACAUUCCAAGAAUGCCAGAGGGUAUGAGUCCAGUUCCAAAGAUCAGAGCAAUGGUAGAAAAAGUCAAUGAAUUAAGAUCAACUAUUAACAAAAUGCCCUCAGAACCCAAAACUACCAUCAAGAAGACGUGCACAGAAUUAACUAGAAAAAUUGAAAAUCUUAUUCCUGAAAUAAGAACUGUCUUGACAUCAGGCGAAAUCUGGACCAACCCAUCCGCAAAAUCAGAAGCAGAAAAUAUGUUUUCUGAAUUGUUGAGAGAACUCCAAACGACAGUUGAAACUGCCAAAAGAGAAUCCAGCAAAAGAUCUGCUCCUCAGGGAAUGGAGACGAAAAUAGAAGCUUUCCUCGCAGAAAUUAGAAAACUCAUCACCCGAUACCACGCUGAAGUUGAAAAGCACAGAGGAAAAUUAUCAGCUGGUGGACCAACAACCGAACUAACAAAGUUAUUGGUCAUUCUUACAGCUGUGGAAUAUAAGGUCAAAAUCAUCCCAUCUUUGACUUCCGAAACUGAUAUCAAAAGAGACUGUACAUAUAUUACUGAGAAGAUUCGUUACGCUUUGACGGAGAUGAACACUAUUGUAACUUCUGACACGUUCUGGACCGACACAGCAACCUUACCAAUAACCACUCGCAUAUUCAAGAAACUGUGUGCCAAAUUGAAGACUAUUUUUACUGAAAGUAUGAACGAGGCAUCACAGUUUAAGAACAAGAUACCAACGAAAAUGACAACUGUAAUCCACAAAUUCCAGACUGAAACAGAGACGGUAUGGCAGACAUACAAGGAAGAGGCAAAACGUCAUAAUGUUCCACCGGGUGUAUUAAAUGCAGAUGUAGAUGCAGAUAACACUCCAACAACGGACCUGACGAAGUUAUUGACACUUCUUACAACUGUGGAUACCAAGGUGAAAACUAUCCCAACUUUGAAUUCCAGAACUGAAAUCAAAACAGCCUGUACCUUUAUUACUGAAAAGAUUCGUUACGUCUUGACGCAGAUGGACACAAUUGUUACUUCUAGCACCUUCUGGUCCGACACAUCAGCUUUACCAACGACUACUCACAUCUUCAAGACGCUGUGUGCCAAAUUGAAGGCUAUUUUUACCGAAAGCAUAAACGAGGCAUCACAUUUCAAGACCAAAAUACCAACGACCGUGACAACAGCAAUCCGCAAAUUCCAGACCGAAACAGAGACGGUAUGGCAGAAAUACAAGGAGGAGGCCAAACGCCAUAAUGUUCCUCCGAGUCUCUUACUUCAAGAGAGAUAUGGAGUGCAGCCACUUUCUGGUACACCAAAUGGAAUAGUUGGCUUCAUCAACGUGGAAUAUGGAUCCUCUUCACCAUCACCAUAUCUAAACAUUAAGGUUCGUUUUUUGGGGUUAUUUUGAAUUUUGAAUAGGUCCUCUUCACAUAAUUCCAGUCGACCCAGCUGUAAAUGGAUAAUCAAGAAAGGAUGAGUGCCAAGAGGACCUGCUCGUAUGAUUUCUGCAACGAAGAAAUGGAUCGUUGAAUUGAAUGUAUACAGACACAUUCAUAUUCUUGCCAGCUCACCAAACCCGGUAAAUUUACAGUCUUGUUUUCAAUAUGAAAUCCCUGAACAGUAACUUUCUUACUAUGCGCGUAGAAAUCUCUCCAUUUAAGCAUUCCCCAGCCGUUAAGCUCCCGUGACACCAAAUAAACUCAGUACAUUGAUGGUAUACAGAGCUAUCAAUGAAAGAGUAAGUAGUGUAGGGUGACAUGGGAAUAGCAUGCCCAUAAAUACACGGGUCACGAAAUUAGAAUAUAUAUUUGUCUGUUGUUAAAUGUAGUUAGAACAUUUAUGAAGCACUUUAGUUGAAGGUACAUUGACAUACUGGAAACUACCAGGUAAGUGUGUGAAAUUCAAUUUCAUUACAGUGCAGAUCCAGAUGUUAAGUUUAUUGUUUAUUUUGCCAAUUUCUUAUCAAUGAUUUGAGGAAAUUCGGUUCUAACCUAGUAAAUCAUUCGCCGUAAUUGCUAGACCAACCGUUAUGCCUGCUGCACCACGAGCUGUUUGGAAUGCAUCUAAGGUAAAUUGAAAAAAAAACCAAGAUGUUCAACUUUACCCAUAAAAACUACCACAGGUGGCAAGAAGGAUUCAUCCUCUGAUUCAUCCAUUCCAUAAACAAUUGUAAACACCUGUUGUUAUCGAAAAGACCCUUAGCUACAAUAGGUAAGUGUAUGAUUUAUAAAAGCUAAAAUGGGAUCGUCAGAAAAAUAUGAAUCACCAUCUAAUUUGGCCAUUAUCAGCAUCUUUCUGAGCGUUCUGUCUUGGUUAUGUCCAAGUUUCAGUAAGUAACUUAUUCUUUGAUAAAAAAAAUUGCGAUAUUGAUUUACACCAACAAAUACAGACUUUGUGUUUAGUUAUAUUAGCGUAUUAGCUCGAUUUGGUCACGAUGCCUUUCGCUACCAGUUACAUUGUCAAUAACGGAAGUUGUUCCGCACCAAAUGACCCAGAUACCCCAGCCACUGCCAAUUACCCGGAUGAUGAACCCUCAACCAUGAGUCCUAGUCCAGUACAAUUUAGCCGAGAAGGUAAGCAUAUCUUUAUAACAUGAUCGACAGGUUCUUACAACAUUGGCCUCAACGCCAUGCAGUAUGCAACGAGGAAAUUAUUACCAAUGGCCGAUCACUCUGUUCGAUUCGCUGAUAGAAACAAGAAACGAGUUGAAUUCACUUGUUUGAACACCAGUACCAGCGAGGCUCAGAAGUUAAUCGCUGAAGCAGAGAGACGAGUUUUAACAGAAGUUGAAGGCAAGCCUGUAGCAUUCAGUAUAAUCAUGAAGAAUGCUAAAAAAUGCCAGAAGGCUUAAAUCUUUUUUUAUUUUACUCAAUUUUACUGUAUUAUGAUCUCAUUGGACUGAUACGGCAACGACUUGGAACGUCUAAAUCGACUUCAAGGAGCAACACUGCUUUCAAAACCACUUCUGUGGUAUACGUAUAUAUCUCAUAAAUGACUCGGGUAUGGUCUAUCCAAUACCGUAAAUUAUUACUUUUAGAACAAUUGAACUAUUUACUGUAUCAUAUGAAACAAAUUUAUCUUAUCUCCCCUAGUUACAUAUUCCAGUUUGCUCCUUGAAUAAACUAUAUAUUGCAAAAUAUAAUCGGCUUAUUGUGUGUUAUGUAUAUUUGUAUAAGAGUGACGUGUCUUAUUUUAAAAAUAAGCAUAUUUUAUUGGUAAUUAUUUAUACUCCUUAAGAUUUUAACCGGAAAUGAAAAUCGGCAAUCAUCGGCAGUUUCCGUAUGCUGAAUCUGAUGCAAAGCUUGACUAAAUAAAGAUUUUACUAAGUGGCAUUGCUCUCAUACACUUUGGUUUGGAUCCUGAUACCCAUGAUUAUUAGGUCAAAAGUCAAAUAUACCUCAUAACCAGUCUUUUUAACAGUUUUUUGGGUGCCUCCGAAUAUAAAACUUUUUCAAAGGAUAAUGGGAAUAUGAAAUAUGUUUAUUUUUCAAGAAUCUAGUUUGAAUCGAUCUAUAUUGUUGUUUAUUCGUUAAUUGUUAUUGUUUGUGUCUCCAUAAAAAAUGAAUAUAAUAAAUGCUUGGCUUGCAGAAAGAAUAUGUUCUAUUUUUCAAACUUCUCUACUCUAUGUCGUACAAGCCCAUGAAACGAAUCGCAUAUUGACAUCGCAUAUUGAUGCCCAGGAUUUAUGUUUUCCAUUA